AAUCGGCUUACACUACAUAUACAGAAUUAAUUACCUAAAUGCCUACUAUGAUUGACAGUGGUGAGAAGGUGGCUAUUGAAGUCAUGAGAUAUUAUACGCUAUCGAAGUCAAGGAAGCUUCCGAAAAUCAACGCUUUGAGAAGUUUAAGAAGUAAAAUACAUCUUUUACUAAUCAAUGUGAAUUCUUGUAAAAAUAUGUAUCUUUUUUGAUUAUCGUUCCAGUGGCAGCGGACUACUAUAAUAAGAACGUGAAAGCUUCAGAGCUUUGAUACUAGGGCCCGACCAAGAGACAAGAGUGUUAAGAUUCGCUAUCUACAAAACGCUUGUAAAAGGUUCAAAAUUCUUGCUAGAAAGCUUGAAAAAGUACGACCAUAUUUCGACAUCCUUUCACAAACUAGGUUGGUUGAAU